GCAACUCCGUGUUUUCUGUUUCUCUUCUUUCUUCUCCUCGCAUCCCUUCCUCAGCAUGGGCCGGGGGAGCCGGAUUAAGUUCGCUGUGUGUGAGGUGCUUCAGUUCUCCAGCUUCUGCGUUCCUCUCUUCAUCAUCAUGCAACGCUUCGCCCUGAUCGUGUCUCGAGUGAAGGUGAAGAGCCGAUCGCACUACUCCUCCACCGCGUACUGGCUGAUCGUGGCCUCGUCUGUGGCCUACGUGACGUCCGUGGCCAUGCUGAUCUGGCUGCCCAUGAAGUACAUGGUGUUCAUGAAGAAGAGGGCGCUGGUGGCUCGGAAGAAGUGGAGACCUGUUGCGUUGGCCUAUGUGGUUCUCUCAACACUGCCCUGUUUCGCCUUCCUCAUCGCCAGCUCUGAGGUCCAGAUUAGGAAUGAUCUGCGGUUGGACACGUUUGCUGAGCUGCCCGUGUCUUUGGUGCUCCUGUCGCUGAUCUGCAUCGAUAUCGUGGAGAGGAUCCGAUACUGCCGACUGACGGGUCGAGCUAACGAACUGGCUCGAGACGCCGACAUCCCGACCCUGCAGACACACAUUGGAAACGUGACUCCGGUGGUCCCUCCUGCGCCGGCCGGCAGUGCUGCCGCAGAUCUCAGUGGCGGGGCGGCGAACGGGUCAGUGCGAGGACCCCCCGCCGGGCCCAACGGGUCAGCCGCUCCGGGCCUGCCAAACAACGGAGCCGUUCCAGCCCAUCUCGCCAACACAGCCGUUCCGGUGCCUGGGAAUGGAGGACCGGGCAGCACCGGACAGCAGAUUGGCAGUGGUCCAAAUCCUGGUGUUCACUUCCAAACCAUCGCCUCUCCAUACCCCGGACCUCUGAGCUUCCUACAGGCCAGCGACAGUCGAGCUGAAGUCUUCGGCGACAGCUUCUUGUUCUGGUUGGAUACGGUGGAGAUGGUUCGGGUGGCAGGACACACUGCUGUGUAUUUCUCCGGCUGGGCUUUUCCGGUUUACCUCUUCUGCUUCCUCUCCACGGUGCGGUUGGUCAUCACUCCCCACAGUCCCCUGCUCUCGCCUCUGGCCGUGCUCUUCCAGGACCUGCCCUUCCUCGUCUUGAGGUUGGCACUCAUCGGCCUUUUUGGUUUUGUAACACCAGUGCUGUAUGUGAUCAAGAAUAUACUGGUCUGUCUGGCCUACAUUUACUUCAACUUCAUGACCAAACUGCGGAUCUUCAACACUGAGAGGAUGUUUUAAUGGGAAAUAACUCAUCUGAAUACGGCUGGAUAUAACAUUAUUUUCGCCGUUUAUUAUAGUGGUGCAGAAAUAAAAACUACAUAUAAAUGUUAAAAGUUACACAGGUUUACAUUUACAUAUCUUAAAUAUUAGAGAAAGACAUAAGAGAAAUUUAAGGGACGCCAAAAUAGUACCAUAGCAAUACCAGUGGCUCCAUUAUAUUACAAUACAUUGCAUGACCCAGCAAUCCUCAGACAGCAUUGACUUAUUUCCAAAUAGUCUUUGUGUGGGGGAAAGUGGACAAUGGAAACAUUUCUUUGGAAUGGAAAACUACAUUUUUGGUGGUUAUGGAAGACAGUUCUGGUUGCUUUUACUUCAGGUACUUUCAUGCCCCAGUAGUUUUUUUUUUAACAUUAAUUUUUGUUAUAUGGAGUUUACAAUGAAUCUGUCUUGGAAACUUUUUUAUAAUGCAAUUAACAUUUAUUUUUGCUACUUUUCAAAUGCAUUUUCCGUAUAAAUAUUGUUUACUUUUGUACCAGAUCCAGACUUUUAAUAUUCAUCUAUGAAAAUUCACAUACUACAUGUUCAAACAAAAAGUUUAGAAACAUGACCCGUUGCAAUAUUUAUUGUGCAAAAACAAUUUUUAAAAUUGCACUUUUUUACAACACUCACUGUUGUGGCAUAAUUUCCACGUCAUUGAACAAUUUUGCUUCUA